UCAAUCAUUGUGAGUUGGAACAUGCGCAGUCCGAGGAGACGGGCGGUGAGAGAGAGAGAGCUCGAGCGAGAGGAUUUAAAUUGCGAGUUUUAGAAACACCGAGUGAGGAUCCAGAGUCGAAAAUACAUCCGCGAAAAGAGACAGGGCAGACGGGCAGGCUUCAUAAACUCACGGUGCCUGCACAGAACCCUCAAUAAGGAGCUAUCGGCCCCCGCGUUUCAUGAAGCUGAGACCUGCCUCCGGAAUUUAGGCCCGAGUUAACGGCCGCCAUCUUUGUGAGGGGCACUGUCCAACAGGGCGCAUGCGUCGCCGCCAUGUUUACAGAGUCUGCAGAUCCGGAUGAAUGACCCGCAGGAGGGACAAUAAAUCAGAGAUGGAGUUUGGUGUGAAAUCAAUGGGUUGUUGUAAAACAGGAGAUCAGGGUAACAGUCAGAAACAACAACAACUUCUAUUAACAUCAUAAAUUAUCCCACGAAUCGGAAGAGGACGAUUUGCAGACGGGAAACUCAAACCAAACAUCACAUCAAGAUCUGACAAAGCCACUUGAUUCAUCAGGACCUGAAAAUCAUCGGCUUUGAAUGUGAUAGGAAAAAGGUUUGCCUGUUCUGUCUGUGGGAAAAUAUUUCAAACAUCAGUGUGACUGGAAAAGCACCGAGACACACACACACACCCAAGUGAGAGUGUUCCAGUGAACUGACUGCGGAAAGAGCUUUAACCUAAAAAAACAAAUCAUAGCAUUCACAGCAGGGAGAAACUGUACAUGUGUUCUCUGUGUGGACGAGGCUUCAGCUGGUUAUCCAACCUGGAGAGACACAGGGACACAUACACCAUGGAGAAACCGUGGAAAUGUGAGGACUGUGGGAAAGGAUUCAAUUGUCCUUCCCAUCUGGAAACCCAUCGACGCAGUCACACUGGGGAGAGGCCGUUCACCUGCCCCGAGUGUGGGAAGGGAUUCACCCAGUUAUCCCAACUUCUAACACACCAGCGGUUACACACUGGAGAGAGACCGUAUACCUGUUCCGAGUGUGGGAAGCGAUUCACACAGUUAACCAGCCUACUGAGACACCAGCCAGUUCACACUGGAGAGAGGCCGUUCACCUGCUCCGAAUGUGGGAAAGGAGUCACUGGGUCCUCUGACCUGCUGAAGCACCAGCGAAUUCACACUGAGGAGAGGCCAUUCAGCUGUACUUCCUGUGGAAAGAGAUUCAGGUCUUCAUCCAACCUCAGUGCACACCAGAGAAUUCACACUGGGGAGAGGCCAUUUACCUGCUCCGAGUGUGGAAACAAAAACACUCAGUUAUCAGCACUGUGGACACACCAGCGAGUUCACACCGGGGAGAAGCCGUUCACCUUCUCUGAGUGUGGGAAGGGAUUCACUCGGUCAUCCCAACUGCUGAAACACCAGCUAGUUCACAAGGGUGAGAAUUUUAAAAUCAAGUUGUUGCUUGACUGGGAGCCAAGGCAGGUCAGGGAGCAGAGGGUGUUAGGGGAACAGGCCUCGCUGUGAGUGAAGGCACAGACAGCAAACUUUUGGAUGGCUUCAAAUUUAUGGAGGGUAGAAUCUGGGUGACUAGCCAGGAAUGUAUUGGAAUAGUUGAGUCUGGAGGUAACAAUGGCAGCGAUGAGGGUUUCAGCAGCAGAUGCACUGAGACAAUGUGAGGUAGGUGGUAGUAUGGAGGUGGAAACAGGCGAUCUUUGUGAUGAUAUAGAUAUGAGGUCACAAUCCCAUCUCAUGAUCAAAUGUAACACAAGAGGUUGUGAACAGACUGGCUUAAUCUCAGAAUGUUCCCAAGGAGAGGGAAGGAGUUGGUAUCUAGGGAAUGGAUUCUGCUGUUAUUGCUGCUGUUAAUCACAUCCAGGACUGAACCAUGUUCAUUCUGUCAAUUGGGUUUGUUUCUACUGAUGUUAAUGAUCCCUGUAACUGGGCUGGAGUUUAAUAUCCUGGACCUAAAGCUGAUUGUGUUCUCGGGCUGCAGUGUCCCUUUAAGAACCGCUGUCUCUGAUCUUUCCCCACAAUUCUGGAACUUUAAUCAGAAAUUAGUUUACAACAAGAUUCUGAACUUUUACUUCGAUCCUAAAUUGAUCUUUGGUAUAAACUCUACAAUUCAGUGUGUGAGAGGUUCCACUGAUUAACAUCUCCAAUUAGAAAGUGCUGAUUAAUCCUUGCUGACAAUUCUUACUGAUUUGCACAUUACUCACAGUGACACCUCCAUUAUCCACCAGAAAGAAGGGGAAUGGGAAUUGGUGGGGAAUCGACAGUCCCCAAAUGUUACCCCUCCCACCUGGUACUGAAAUCCCCUCGGCACGAGAACGGAGACAAGUUCAACCCAAGUAACAGACUGGAAGAAAUUGCUGUCUAAUUACUUAAUAAAAUCUUCAGAAGUGUUUGGAAUAUUACAAAAUACCUCACUUUCUCUGUCAUGAAGAAAUCUUCCAUAGCAGCUUGCUGGCUGACAAACACAGGACAGGCCUGUUAUCUCUGCCAAGGACAUGUC